AUAAAUGCAACAUUAGACCCCACAGGAGACAUUUUUUAGCUUUAGCAGUGAGUGAAGAGGAAGAUGGAGAAGGCUAGGGGAGAGCUGAGCUGUGUUCAUCUGUUGUCCUUUGGCUGGCAUGGAAGAGGGUUACCAUGGAUGUCCUAGGUACUAUCUGAUGACUGUAGUAGUUUCAUCUUCAGAGAGACCUUUCCUGGUAUACAAUAAAUAAAAGUACCUAUGUGCUCUCUGUGGGUCUCGAUAGAGAGACUAUAAAUUGUUUUAACCUGAUAUCAAGCACUCUGUAAGGUGGGACUAUUGGACAAUGCAGCAUACACACAGCUAGACUACAAGUGGUGGAGAAGAUGAAAAUAUUUAUGUGUGGUUGCGAGGAAAAGAAAACAAGUGGUCUGUCAUGUGCCAGCAAUACACUUGCUAAUUACACCAACGUGCACUGGCUCGCUUCCUGGUAUUCCAGUAUGGUUCCUAGAAAUGCUGGAAACGCCCACUUCAAUUAAGCCUAAAACGUCACUGUUUUAUUAAUUCAUAUGAGAUGCUAUUCAGAGUCAUUAUCUCCGAGUGUACUUUCAACACAUUGUGGAAAUGCCGUGCAGUGUGUCGCCUCAUUAGCAAAGUAUGGGAGCAGGAGUGCAGGACGACUAUUUAAAGAGGCCUGCAAAUGCUUCAGUUCAGUUCCAGCUGCAAGGAGGUUCCAUCAGGAGAAGGAAAAUUUUCAAAGAGAAGAAACUCAUCUCUACACCAAACCAACCAAUACUACAAGGACUCACCACUUUGAGAUUAUCUGAUCCAGUUCUUCUAGCAACAACUAUCAAAAUAGAAAAUGAGUGGAAGAAAAUUCUCAAUGAAAAGCAAGCUAUGUGUGGGUGUUGUGGCAACUGUCGCUGCAGCUGUAGCCAUAAUUUGCUUCGUAUCUCUAAGCCACCCUGUCUCCAGUUCAGUAGCAGAGGACAACGCCAUAGUCAAUCACAAGAGAUCGGUGGAGUUUGAAUCACAAGAUAACUCCUUUGCUGCAUCUGAGCCUAAGGUUAACAAGCGUAGCCGUCACCAGAGAGCCGUACCAUUGACUAGAGGAGGCACAAGUUCAAGCAGUCACUCCACUAAUGAGGUCAACUGUUACAGCUACGAAAAUGAUACUAUUCCUGCUGCACAUAUCAAAGGUCGUGGUCGUUUUGACAAGCCCGAUGGAUCUUCCAUGAUACCUGGAUACAAACAGAAGUGGACAUGUUCAGACAUAGACCCUCAUAAGCCAAACCACCUUGUUCAUGCGUUUGUCGAUGGAGGGAUGAGUUUUGAUCAUUUAGAGAAAAAACUGCACGUUCCAAAGUGCGGGUACUAUCAUAUAUCCAGUCAGAUUUUGUUCGAGUACGUUUCUACUAGGGUUAAUAGUUAUGCUAAUGUCAAGCACCUUCUCAAGUUCAUGCGAAACUGUCAAGACUGGACAGAAGACAAUGCUCUCUUGGUAAUGGGCCUAGCAACUGUUCACUCUGGAAAUGCCACCACUACCUUUGCUAGUGACAUUGUUAAGCUCUGCCGAGGUGGUACGGUGUGGGUGGAGAUUCCUGAGACUCAUAACAAUGAUCUGUUUCCGAGAGGAGACGACCAUGCCACGUUUCUGACAGCUGUUCUUGUUACCGAGACUUCCUGCCACUGGCCCCCAAAGACAACUAUGGACAACCCAGACCAUAGUCACGAUCAAUAAACUAAACUCUAUGCACACUUUUAUAUUAUUGUCUUGUACUGAAAUGUCUUGUAAUAGUGAUAAUUAUCUGCACUUUUUGUGUCAAUUAUGCAAAUUAAAAGUCAACUUCAAAUA